CGCAGGGUUCUUUUUCCGCUUCCGAGACGGCGUUUUUUCGCUUUCGUCUUCUGAGUGGUAGCACGCGAGAAUGGAGAACACGUCCUACGGAAUAAAUGUGGCGAAUCGCUACGAUCUGUUUUGCAUCGACGACGAUGCUGGCGAUCCGAUCGAGGCCAUUCUGAAGAGUAAACAGAAGCAGCAGAAAAAGCAGCAACAGCAGCCGCAGCAGCAGCAGCAGCAGCAGCAGCAGAGUGGUACCACCACCACUGCCGCAGCACCGGCAGCACCCCAGCAGGCAAAGUCGAACGCGAAGAGUGGUGAGAAGGAGAACAAGGCUGGUGGUGGUGGUGGCGGUGGCCGUGGUGCCGAAAAUCGUCAUCCGGACAAAUCGGCCUCGGACUCGAAGCACGCACAGACGAACGGAACCGGCAAUCAUUUACAUAAUCAGCGCAGCGGCGGUGGCGAACGACGGGGCAUCAAGGAAACGCAGAAAGAUAACAUCCGCAAUCAGGAAAACCAACGAGGCACUACUAAUCCGGGGGCUAAGUUCCCGCGUGGACCGAACAAGAACGGCACGGUUGGCGCCGGCGGUGGUGAUGACAAGUAUCCCCGCAAGCCGCGCGACUUUGACGGCGAUGGACAACGGAAACCGUACGCGCAGAACGGCGGUGCUGGCGGCGGUGUGAAGCGGUUCGAUGGGCGCGGCAAGCGUGAACUGGACCGUCAGUCGGGCUCGAACAAAACUGGUAUCAAGGCGGUAGACAAGCGGGAUGGUGCCGGGUCGCACAACUGGGGCAGCUCGAAACAGGACGCCAAGGAGUACUCGAACAAUCCGGACCAGGACUAUCAGCCACAGGAUGCGGACACGAGCGCGGAAGCAAACCCGGAACGUACGAACGUGAGCAAUGGGGGCGAGGAGGCAGGUGCCGACGGUACCGGCGCACCGAAAUCGGACGACGAGGCCAAGGAAAUGACACUGGACGAAUGGAAGGCACAAAAGGCGGCCGUCCGACUGAAGCCACAGUACAACCUGCGAAAGGCGGGCGAGGGCGAAGACUCGAGUCAAUGGGAUAAAAUGGUUGCACUGGACCGAAAAUCGAACCCGAAGGUGGUGGAGAAGAGUGGCGCGGCCGAUGGUGGUGCUGCCGCCGAGGAGGAUGAUGGAAACGACACUCAGACCAGCAAACCGACAGCGUCGGGCGGUGGUGGUGGCAAGAAGCAAUUUCUGGAAAUUGAGUACCACUUCAACGACAGCCGUCGGGGUGGUUUAGGCCGUUCGAGAGGUGGACGCGGUGGACGUGGUGGUGGCGGUGGCGGACGCGGUAUGGGCCGUGAAGGUGGUCCGGGUGGAAGACGUGAAUACGGAGGCGGGGACAACUAUCGGAGCGGUGAGGAAUCGGGCGGUCAGCAGGAGGGUGGCCGCAGAUACAACAACCAUUAUGGUGGUGACGGCGGUGAUGCUGGUGGUGGUGAGCGGCCACAGCGAGACUUCAACCGGCGUAACAACCGACCGCCGAUGGGUGGUGGUGGUGGUGGUGGUCCGGAUCGGAACUACGAAGGUGGCAUGAACAACAAGUACAGCAGACCGAAUCCACGAUCGGCCAAGCAGCAUGUACCGGCUGCACCGAAGGUGGACGAUGAGCAUGACUUCCCGUCGCUCGGUUAAAACGUGACACCUUUUUUUUAUUUUAUGGUG